CGAUUAAAAAAAAAACACUUUAAAAACGUCGUGUUCAGGGAAACUACGUUAAAAAUAAUUGCUAGCGUGAUGCUGCUAGCUAACAAACGCAAUCUAUUGUGAAAUGCUGUAGUGUGUUUAGCGAGCUACUUAGUUAGCUACGUUAAAUGGCUGCUCGAUAAUGAUAUGUAUUGUAUUUUAUAAUUCGCUGGUUAUUGUUUCGUCAUCUAACGCGUCGCUGUUCUAUAUUUAGAUGUUUAUCGCUAAUAUUUAUCACCGCGCAGUUUAUCGCUAAUAUUUAUCACCGCGCCGAGGCCUAGCGAUUUAGCUUAGCAUAGGUUAGCUUAGCAUAGGUUAGCUUAGCUCGUCUAUAUUAUGAGGUGUGACGCAGGCCGCUUGUGGCGCAAACUCAAUUGGCCAAACACCAACUUCUAAAUCGACUACAACCGAGAGCAUGAGAUUUAGGUGUGGAAGCCAUUUUUGUGCACUAUAUAGGGAGCAGACGGUGGUUUAAUAUCAGUCAUGAAGCCAGCUCUGUUUCCGUUACCGACAGGAACAGCGGCGCGCGUUUAAUACAGAAUAUUACAGAUAUAACGUAAAUGCUAUGUAUAAACAAUAAAAAAAAAUUAAAAACAUUUAGCUGUCGUUUUUUUAGUGAUUAUUUAUCAGCUAAAAAUAUUUAUUAUUAUUUUUUUAAAUUGCAAACACGUGGUUGCGCCGUUUAAAGGUUAAUUUAACCCGGAUUUAAUCUUUUUUUUUUAAAGAGAGAAAGUAACGUGUCUGAAAAUCCAAAUUAAAAAAGGCAUGUAAACCCGAAUUUAGCUCUUUUUAUUUGAUCAGAUUAUUGUCCUUUUUUUUAAUUAUUUUGUAGCCGAUUUAUUGAUAAUAAAGGGACUGGGGAUAGCAACAGUGUCUUGAAAGAAACGUAUUUUUAUUCUAGUGUCAUUUAUAAAGGAGGAAAUCCUGUGUUGUUGAUCGUUCGUAAAAGUAACAGCGCUGAAUUUUUUUAUGGUCAAUCCAAAAUGGUGGACAAUCCGAAUUUAUCUUGGGUCAAAAGGUUAAAGGAAAACUACCCUAUGAAACACAGUAUAUAGUUGUAUUGAAAGAUCUGCCAUGUCUUUGGCAUUUCCUGUUUUGUUUUUUCUUUCACAAUUUAACAGCAUUUAGUGUACAAGUGCUGGAAGCAGGAAAUACUGGCUUCAAAUGCUUAGAAGCCAACUACUAACUCCAACAGUCACAGCCAAGACGCAGCUGAUUAGCAAAUCUAUGAAGGGAAGAGAACCGUAGUGUCGAGGGUAGUAUUAGCCCAGGAGAAGAUGCUGGUGUGAGGAGCUGAGACAGACUGAAGGUCUAAAGCAGUUCUAUAUCACACUCAUUUGGUAGAUAAGAAUCCAGGACUAAAUCUCAAUGGAUAGGGCUGUGUUAAAUAUAGACAUCUUGAUGGAUUGUUUAAACUUAAAUAGCCGUUUUGUUUUGUUUUGUUUUGCAAGUUAAAUAUGCCUUUUGAAUAUUCAUGGUGGAUUUUUCCUUUAAUCAGAGGUAAAUUGGGUGGUCCAACAUAUAACUUGGGUUAAAAUAAUUUAUCACUGUUUAGAUAAGUGACUCGUUUGAUCUGCUAUAACAUUUCUAAAUAUUUUUUAGCUAGUGUAACAUUUAAUUUGUAAACUGUGUAUUGGCCUAUAAUCAUCUCUCAAUGGACUUUUUUUUUUUUCUUAUCUGAUGUUACAUUUUCACCCACAUGCCUACUACACAGACUUUACCCUUUUCUUGUUUUUCCUAUUAAGGUUAAGAUGGGAAGAAUGAAAAAGGUGGCCGAAGUCGAAUGUUGUUUAAAUGAGGCUGAAUUUUGCGAGUGCAUGCUAAUUCUGUGUGGCCAGAAGUUCUGAGAAGUUCCCCUCAUGUAGAGUGUUGUCACUUUGGAAGCAAUGAAUGGUUGAAGAUGAAGUACAGAAGUCAGAAUAAGAAACUGAAGAAAGAAGAACAGAAUGUUGGUUGAAGUUAUGAAGUUAAUCUCAGAAGUGUUCGUGUGGAUAAGAUGAAAGAGGGCUAAGUAAUGUGCAUUAGUCUGUUUUUGUCUGAAUAUCAACUCUCUUUCAUUAAAGUUUGCAUGCUACUCUUUCUGUCAUAAAGACACAACGCAUUGUAAACAAUAUCCUAAUGUUAGUCAGUGUUUUGUUUAAAAAAAAAAAUCUUUCAUGAUGCAAUGGAUUUAAAACCAACUUCAGCAUUAACAAGUCUGUUUUUCAACAUGAUUAGCCAAUAAGAGGUCUGGGUUCAUAAUUUGAUGCAUGGGAAGUUCUUGCUCUUUUUCUUUUGUGCUCAUUUGGUUUGGAUUUGUGCAGGAGUCCCGCUCUCGGAGUGUGAGUCCCAGAGGCUCUGUGAAAUCGACCAGCAAUUCACCAGGAAGAUCUAAGGAUGGUUCUCACCGCUCUCGCUCCCGGUCCAAAUCUCGGUCUCGGUCCAGGUCGAAGUCCAGGUCCAGGUCCCGUUCACACAGGAGCUCUCGACGUCGCCAUUCUCGCUCACGCUCUCGAAGGCGCCACUCUCGUAGCCGGUCGUACAGCCGAGAGUACAGGCGCAGUCGCAGCCACUCACCCAUGUCCAAUCGCAGACGGCAUGUUGGCAACCGGGCAAACCCUGACCCUAACUGUUGCCUGGGUGUGUUCGGCCUGAGCCUGUACACCACAGAGCGAGACCUGAGAGAGGUGUUCUCCAAAUACGGCCCCCUGGCCAGCGUCACCAUUGUUUAUGACCAGCAAUCUCGCCGCUCGAGAGGCUUUGCCUUUGUCUACUUUGAGAAUGAAGAGGACUCCAAGGAGGCUAAAGAGCAAGCUAAUGGCAUGGAGCUGGAUGGACGGCGUAUCAGAGUGGACUUUUCCAUUACUAAAAGACCACACACCCCCACACCUGGAAUUUACAUGGGACGGCCCACCUAUGGUGGUGGUGGCGGCAGUGGAGGUGGCGGCAGUGGAGGAGGAGGUGGUGGAGGAGGAGGAAGACAGAGUACAUCCUCCAGCCGCUCCAGAGAUUAUUAUGAUCGGGGCUAUGACCGCGGCUACGAUCGAGGAUAUGACCGUUACGAUGAUCGAGAAUACUACAAAUCCUACAGGCGCAGGUCUCCUUCGCCCUACUACGGUCGUGGAGGAUACAGAUCCCGGUCCCGCUCGCGUUCCUACUCCCCAAGGCGCUACUGAGGGAGCCAGAUGAACAGAGGGGAUUCUGUGCUCAUGGGUGAAGAAUUGUGGAAGAAUCGGAGUUUUAAGUUUUGAUGUUUUUGUUUUUUGUAUUUUAAAUGCCAUGCAUGUUUGAUUUAAGUCUUUAUGAUGAGCUGUGCAUCUUCUACUUGUUAGACUGGCUACAGGCCUUGUUUGAUGUUUAGCUUGAGGGUGUGUUAUGUUGCAAUACAUCAUUACGUCCUAGUCCAAAUCCAUAAAUCAGAUGUAAAUGCAUAUGUUGUCAAUAUCCAAGAAAUAAACAGUAUUUUACA